AGGUACCUAGUUCAAAAUUUCAGGACUGUAAACGCGUUACAGUGCCUUGAUGUGUUUUGGUCCCAUUCUCCCGCCAUUUGAGCCUAGGGAUCACGGAGUCGCAGUUCCCCCUCCUUCAUCAUCUCUUUCACCCCUCUCGCUACUCUUUUCAUCUCUCAAUUGCAGAUUUCCGUAGCUGGCUCAUACAUAGACAAGCCACAGAUCCGUUGAAGUUUACACAGAUGGCCGGCCAAACUGAUCCCCACCUAUCUCUCUUCUCUCCCGAAGAGAUAGAGUUCAUCGGCGAAGACGAGAUGGUCGAAAUCGUCCCGAAUAUGAGGAUGGAACCUCUCAAUUUGAUCUGUGGUGAUUUUGGCCCUUUUCUUCCACAAAUAGCAACUCAAGUGCCUCUGUGGUUAGCAGUGGCUUUGAAGAAGAGAGGAAAAUGCACGAUACGACCUCCUCGAUGGAUGUUAGUCGAGAAGUUAACACAAGUUUUGGAAGCGGAGAGGGAUUCUCCUGGAUCAUUUCAGCCAUUACCAUUCCAUUAUGUGGAAAUUUCAAGGCUUCUUUUCGACCAUGCUCGUGAUGACAUUCCUGACAUAUAUAUGGUGAGGUCUCUUAUUGAGGACAUCCGGAAUGUUAGGUUUCAUAAAGUUGAAGUUGGUUUGGAAGCCAUUAAUUCUCGUACGCACGCAGUAAAGCUUAGAAAUCUUUCUGCUAUGGAAGUGAAUAUAGUGCGCCCAUUUGUUGUGAGAGCACUGCAGGCAUUUUAUAAGCAUGAUACCCCGGAGAUGAUACCAGACCCAGAUGCAAUGGACAAUAGACGGUUGCAAGUAGCUGAUCGUGGGCCAAAAGUGCGUUUUUUCUUCCCACUUUUUGUGUUUGUGUGUUUAUGUGUGCAUUCUAUCCAUCUUGGAUGCACGUUUGUUUGCCUAUCUAUUAUUGUAGAGGAUGCUUGUAUACAUUAGAGGUUUAAGUAAUUUUGUGUUGAUUAAUUUUUCUGUUUUCCAGCGGCAUGUCAAAGGACGAUAGGCAACAAAGCUCUCACACUUACAGUAGGCAUUCUAACUACUUUACCGUCUUAGUGGGAGGUAUUUCCAAAUUUCUAGCAGCGAAGGUACUUCUCCUUUGCCCAGGAAUAAUUUGCAGUGGAAAUCGCCACUUGGUUUGCUUGUAGUAUCUGUCAAUUAACUAUUGACUUUUGUGUUCAACUUUUAAAAAAGUUGAAUUUUUUCUGCUUUUAAUACUUUUAAAAUACUUGUGAAGAUUCUAAUACAAAGAUGCGCAGUUUAUUUGAUUGUUA